AUGAAUUUAGGUAUAAAAGGAAAGCGAUGGAAAUUUAAUUUCGUGAUUAAUCGUGGAAUAUUCUGUAAGUGGCAGGUAUACACAAGUGCUGAUAUGUGUCAGGGCAUUAGUUUUUAUGAUGCAUAUUUGUUGCAAAUAUAA